AUGUCAGGACAGAGCAAUUUCUUAGAUAGAGCAUGCGAGAUCGUUCGACAGGCUAUUGAUGAAGACGUCAAACAGAACUGGGAGGAAAGCUUGAAGCUGUACAAGAACGCCCUCGAUUACUUCCACAUGGCCUACAAAUAUGAGAAAAACCCGAAACUGAAAGAUCUCAUUCGCAGUAAGAUGGAAGAAUACCUAGACAGAGCCGAGAAACUCAAAACACACGUCCAGACACCAGACGACAAGCGUGGCCGACAAGCUGUGGGUGCUAAUGGAAAAGGUACUAAUGGCGAAGGAGGCUCCGGAGCCAACGCAGAUGGAGAUGACGCGGACACGAAAAAGCUAAGAGGAGCUCUUUCAAGUGCGAUCCUGGCGGAAACACCGAACGUCAGUUGGGACGAUGUGGCUGGGCUGGAAGGAGCGAAAGAAUCUCUGAAAGAAGCGGUGAUCUUACCCAUCAAGUUCCCCCAUCUGUUCACCGGCAAACGAACUCCGUGGAGGGGCAUUCUGAUGUAUGGUCCCCCUGGUACAGGAAAGAGCUAUCUGGCCAAGGCAGUCGCGACAGAAGCAAAGAGCACUUUCUUUUCAGUUAGCAGUAGUGAUCUGGUUAGCAAAUGGAUGGGCGAAAGUGAGCGCUUGGUCAAGCAGCUGUUUACAAUGGCCCGAGAAAACAAGCCCGCAAUCAUUUUUAUCGACGAAGUCGAUUCGCUGUGUGGGACGAGAGGCGAGGGCGAAUCGGAGGCGGCUCGGAGAAUCAAGACCGAAUUCCUGGUCCAAAUGAACGGUGUCGGGAAUGAUGCCGAGGGGGUCUUGGUCCUCGGAGCCACCAACAUCCCUUGGCAGUUAGAUAUUGCCAUCCAGCGGCGGUUCGAAAAGCGGAUAUUCAUACCCCUGCCUGAUCCGGAAGCUAGGAAGCGAAUCUUUGAACUGAACGUAGGCACAACGCCCUGCACGUUGACACAACAGGAUUAUCGUGAACUGGCAUCACAAUCGCAAGGCUACUCUGGAUCAGAUAUUGCAGUCGUCGUCCGAGACGCGCUGAUGCAACCAGUGAGGAAAGUAUUAAGUGCCACCCAUUUCAGACCCGUGAUGGUUCCGAGCACAGAAGACGCAACGAUUUCGGUCAAGAAAUUGACACCCUGUUCGCCCGGAGAUCCGUCGGCAAUCGAGAAGAGCUGGAACGAAGUCGAGGCUACAGAGCUGCUCGAGCCUGCCCUCACUCUGCCUGAUUUCCUCCGAGCUCUACGUAAUACUUCGCCAACAGUUAGAGAGGAAGAUAUCAAGCGACAUCUGGAGUUCACCAAUGAAUCUGGGGCCGAUGGGGCUUGA